AUGGAGAAGUGCGAGCAGCUGCUGGAUCAGAUGAACCUCUUCUACCACGACUGGACCCAGGAGCAGGACCCGCCGAAGCCCUCGUCCUUCAAGGAAGGACAGCUGUGCGUGGUCUUCUGGACGGAAAUGAAGCGUUGGUGUCGAGCCGCGGUGCAGUUCCUGAUCAGCGACUCGCUGGCGCCCAGAGUGGCCUGUUUCCUUGUGGACCACGGAGAGCAGCUCAUCAUCUCUCCAGAUCGGAUCCGAGUCCUGCUGGACCGGUUCACGGAGCCGCCGUUCCGCGUCAAGAAGUUCCAGCUGGCGGGAAUCAAACCCACCACCCUGCGAGUGACCGUCCUGGAGGAGGAGGAGGCCAGGCUGGUGCCGUCGGCUCGGUGGGACAGUUCAGCCACGCUGUACCUCCUCAACCUGCUGAAAGUGUCUACGCAGACCGAGGCGGUGUUUGUGGAGACGGAGGCGGACUGCACCUCCAUCCAGCUCUACCUGACCAUCAACCAGGAGAAGGUCUGUGUGAACGACGACCUGGUCUUGAAGAAGUUUGCUUCAGGACGGGAUCGCAGACCUGUGGCGGUUCUCCAGUUCAUGCUGUGCUUCAGCACCUUAACCCAGAGAGCCUCCGCCGCUUCCAACUGGCUGCCGAACGGGUCCCAGCGCCGCCCGGCAGACACGACUCGAGCAGUGGAGACGAUGGGCCCCUCGGCUCUGUCUCCAGCCUGCAGCCUGCAACGUGACCACAGCGGUCAGAGUGUCACCGGUCAUGGUGUCCAGACGGCCUCGCCGCUGCAGCUGCUCCAGCAUCACAGAGGUCAGUCCUCCUCAAGCCACACGCUGACGACGUCUCAGGAGUGUGACGUUUGGAAGAGGGGGAUUGUGGUGCACUCGGCCCUCGCAGUGGAACCCUGCAGCAGCCUGGACGACGCCCCUGUUACCGACACUCUCCGCUGGAUUCUGCAGAAGGAGCAGUACAUUUUGUCCCCCACUGAUUGCUGCAGCUGGCCGGCCGUGACUCGAGGAAUCAACACGCUCAUCAUCUCCCACAAUGCCAACCGCCCCAUCAGCUACCUGUACCCGCAGCUCACCCACAUCCUGCUGGGCUCCAUGUACACCACCUGCUCCGUCAGACCCGGGCCCAUAGCGGUGCUGCUGUGUCCGGGCUGGAGGAAGGUUCAGGCGGUGUACGAGCUGCUGCAGCAGAGCAGGGUGGGCCCGGUCCUGCGCCCCAUGGCUGUGCUGCUGGGCCUGGCCAAGGAGGAGGCCAACGCCGUCAAGAUCCCCAGAAACUGCCUGCUGGUGGUGACCACUCCCUUCAGUCUGGUGCGCCUGCUGUCCUGCCACUGCUUCCUGUUCAUGAGGAUAGCCCACCUGGUUCUGGACGAGGCCGACCGGCUCUUCAGCGUGGCUCCAGACCAGAUGUCCUGCAUCCUGCAGCAUUUCCAGAAGGUGAUCUCCAGUAAAGCUACGCCUUCCGGCAGCCAGCAGCUGGUGGCCGUGGCCAAAACCUGGACCAGCCCCAUGCGGGACCUGCUGGCCCGCCACAUGCCCCAGCCCUGCAUCGUCAUCGGCGUGCCCGAGGAAGCCGUACUCUACGGCAACGUCCAGCAGGUCAGUCUGUUGACUCAGGACAGCUGUAAGCUCUCAAUCCUGCUGGCCUUGUUGGAGCUGAAUCCCGAAGCCGGGCAGAAGACUCUGGUUGUGUGCGGCUCCCAGCAGGAGGUUGAGGAUGUCUUCAAGGCUUUGAGGAGCAGAUCGCUGUUCUGCCUGAAGACACACGAGGACGGUCCACAUGAAUUGCCGCAGUGGAGGGCGGACAUGGGCCCCGGGACACACCUCAUUCUGGUGACCACUGACCAGUGUCUGAAGCACCUGGACAUCAGCGACGCCAUGAGUGUCCUCCACUACAGCUUCCCGUCCUCUCCUGGACUGUUUGGAAGGAGGAUCCUCUGCAUGGCCCAGCACUUCCCCAACCUCGCACAAGCUCAGGUGGAGAGCCGAGCCGGCGCCACCCGGUCGGUGCUGCUGGUCACGGAGAAGAGCGCCCGCCACGUGACCGGGCUGGUGCGGUUCUUGGUCCGGAGCGGAGCCCCCGUGCCCCCCGAGCUGCUGGCCUUGACUCGGGACGCCCAGGCGGCGCGGGAAGACGAGAAGGAGCGGCGUCCUCUGUGCAGCUACCUGAAGAGCCUCGGAGUCUGCAGAGACAGCCGUGUGUGUCCCGACCGCCACAGGCUUGCUCCCGGCCUGGACCAGCCUCAGCUCCCUGCUCCAGGAUUCAUCGAGGUGCUUCCUCUGUACGUCAAGACGGCCUCGGUCUUCCUGGGCCGGAUCGUCGGCGCGUCGGAGGAGGAUUUCCAGCGGCUGUCGUCUGAGAUGGCGUGCUACUACGCCGACAGGAAGCCGGGAGCGUCGGAGCUGCUGAAGGGAGGCCUGUACGCCGUGCAGGAGGACAAACUCUUCCACAGGGUGAAGGUCCUGCGCCUGUCACCGCCGGCCGACCGCCUCUUCUUCACCGUGCCGGUGCGCUUCCUGGACGUGGGGAAGGAGGUGGAGGUCCGGUCCCACCAGCUCCUGCAGCUGCCGGAGCGCUUCCACUCUCUGCCCGCCCAGGCCGUGGAGAUGGUGGUGUGCGGGGUCCGACCCAUCGACGGCGAGACGGACUGGUGCCCCAAGGUGACCAUACAGAUCAGCCAGAAGAUCCGAGGUCUGCAGCAUCAGGCCAGAGCGGUGCUCCGCCUGGGGAACACGCUGUUCGUUGAUCACAUGAUCCGGGUCUCGAGACUCCCCGGGUUGAAGGCCUGCAUCAACGAGUACAGCGUUCGUUCUGAGAUCCUGAAGUCCAGUAUGGCAGAGAACAACCCGGACCACCUGGACCGGCUCAGGGCUCUGCUUGAGGCCGAGCCCUCGUCCCAGAAGUGGAACAGCUCCAGAUUUUGCACCUCAGACUGGCUGACCGUCAACAUCUCGCCCCGUAAGGAAGAAGUCCCUGCAGAUGCUGCCCAGAUCAGGACUGUGCACGUUUCCAGCUCUGCUGAAACCAACUGUGACGGCUCAGACAGAAGGUUCCACCCUCUGAUCCACUGGUACCAGACGCCAGACUCUGUGAUCAUCAGAGUGAAGCUCAUCAACCCCACGGAGCAGAGCUGCUGCUUCCACGCCGACAGGGUGGUGUACAGCGGCAGCGUGGCCAGCCGCUCCUACAGAGCCGACCUGCAGCUCCAGCAGCUGGUCCAGGCGGAGCGCUGCAGCUGGGAGAUGAAGUCCGGAGAACCGGUCCUGAGGCUCGUCAAGCAGCAGCAGGAGUCCUGGGACCGGCUCGUCAGCAGCAAGAACAUCUUCGUGAGCUACGACCUGGAGCACGUGGAGGAGGAUGAAGACGGCGGUAGAGACGACUCCUCCUUCCCGGAGAAGAAAGCGGUGAGCUACUGGAACGUCAGUCUGGACGACUUCAGCUGCAGCUCCACUGACGGCGACAGCGACUGAACCCAGAUUUACU